ACAUUGCUAAAUAGCACCUUACGAAGUAGCACAUUACGAAGUACAACGUUACACAUUGCGACAGUGAAGGAGAUAAUGGAGUUUGUCUAACACUCCAACCUUUGCAGGACGUUGUUGUGUAGAACCAUGGCGGCCAUACAGUGGGCGGAUGGUGGCAAGCCAAAGAAAUGGCUGAUCGCUGCUCUCUUCGUUUUCCUCGCUGUCCUGUUCGUGACGAUUCUUUACAGCAGGAGGGACGUAUCCAUUGUUGAAAAGCACCAACCAGAGAACUCCUUCAAGAAACAACGGGACACCCUGUCGCGGGAACUGAACAAGUUGAAGAUGUUGUUUGGUCAGCAAAAUUGUGAACUGAUGAAACGUGAUCAGAGAAGUGAUGGGGUGUCGGAGUUCGGGGGGUGGUGUGCUGAAAUUAGCGCCCCAGGGAGUUCGAAACACCACUGGGAUAAGACCUUCUCCACGGCACUGAGCGCCUACCUGGCAGGUAAAACCGUCGGCAGCUUUGGGGAGGGUCCUGGUGCCUACAAGACCCACAUGGACACCCUGGGCCAGGUGACCAGCUACACGGCGUACGACGGCGCGCCUUUUGUCGAGAGCGUGACGGACGGCAAGGUGAAGUUUCUGGAUCUGACGUCACCACAAUACGGGCUGCCCAUCUUUGACUGGGUCAUCAGUGUGGAGGUGGGUGAACACAUCCCACCGCAGUUUGAAGAUAUUUAUCUGGACAACUUGGUCAGACAUGCCAGGGAGGGCCUCAUUCUGAGCUGGGGCAAGCCAGGUCAGAUGGGCCUGUCCCACGUCAACAACAAGCCCCUGACCGAGGUCAUCGCCCAGCUCAACAAGCGCGGGUUCCACAUCGUGCCCGAGGACGGGCAACACCUGAGGGAGGCCGCCUCGGUCUUCUGGCUCAAGGACAACAUCCAGGUGUACAAGAGGACCUCACCCUCCAGCUUGGUGCCAGAGGACGCUUGAGGACUGGAGGACAUGAGGACAUUGUGUAAAGGACGCUUAAAGCAGGACAUGAGGACAUUGUGUAAAGCACGCUUAAAGCAGGACAUAAGGACAUUGUGUAAAGCACGCUUAAAGCAGGACAUAAGGACAUUGUGUGAAGGAUGACUAAAGCAGAAUUGGAGGACAUGAGGACAUGGUUUACAGGAUUGUAAAAACAGUGUGACAUGCAAAUGGAGAGAAAAUGUUUAAAAUGUGCCGUUUAAGUGGAGAGGAGUUUCACAUUGUGCCGUAAAUGUUGGGACACAAUUGGUAACUAAGACAAUUAAUGACAAUGUGCCCUUAUUGUGAAACAAAACAUAUGCCUCUGAUGUAGAUCUAAAGGCUGUGAGAAACUAUUUUUUUUUGGGUGAAGCUCAUACAAAUUCAUCCAGGUAAGGAAUACUUUAUAAAAUACGACUAAUAGAGUUUACCCAAAAGAAAUAGUUGAUAAAAAUGAUAACAUCUCAACGUCUUAGAAGCAAUGGACAAAGCGGAAUAACUCAUUAAUUGUUUUUUAGUUGAUAAAAAUGAUAAUAUCUCAUGGACAAAGGGGGAAUAACUCAUUAAUUGUUUUUUAGGUGGAAUUCUUAUAUUGGUAAGAGAGACAAAGCUAAUAUAUUUAUUGUAUUGAUUCACACACUAGUCGUUGGGUAUUCGAUUACAUUAUUUAUGAUUAUCCACGCAAUAAAUUAAAAGAAAACAUGGGAUAUAUUUUUGUAACUUCAACUUUUUUUUGCAUUUUAAUUUUACUUUCUUUAAAAAGCUACUUUGAAAGUUGCUCUGUUUACAUUUAUUUGAGUCAUGUGCUUUAGUAAAUAAACCCCCAACAAUUUUUGCAAGUUUUACAACGGCUAGUGCCGUAAAAAUGAUUAUCUAAAUUCAAUUUGUCAAGUUUUUCUUUAAACAAUUACGAUUUAACCGUUUUCAUUUGCAUUUUCUUCUUACUUUGAGGUUUGGGCUAAAUGCCAUAUUCGAUUCUAAUUAGAUUUAUGGUAAAUAUAAUUAUACCUGAUCAAACCAAAAUGACGGCAGAAUUAUAUAUUACAAUAAAUGGGCUGUCAAUAAUUACAGUUUUUUUUUAUCAAUAAAAUGAUUAAAGGAAACGGUUAAAAAAAACAAAAAAAACUUUUUUUUAACCAGGUGUAUGUCACCACAUCCUCGUUGGACUUCUGCUAAGCAGAACUUUCAAAGCUUUAUUAGUCUUGGAAACAUUUACUUAGUAGUUGUAUUGGGGUUUAAGUUCAAUAUUUGAUGUUUAUGAUGUGCUUGAUUUGUGGUUUUUAAAUUAAAGGCCUAUUUAGGUCAACUUAGAAAAGUAAGUUUAUGUAAAUGUUUUCACGUUUUAAAAAUGAUUUGCACACGGGCAUUCUAUGUGUAUGUUAACACUAGGUCCCUACAGGCUAAAUGUUAACACAAUGCCCACCCUUGUAGGCUAAUUGUUAACUCCAGGCCCAUACAGGCUAAAUCUUAACGCAAGGCCCACACAGGCAUUUUUCCUGUACAUGUUAACAAACGGCUAGUUCGUGUGUACAUUAUUUUCGACAGCCGGAAAUAAUUUUCCUUGAAUGUAAUUUGUACCAUUGUGCCUUGUGCUAAGUUUUAAAUUUAUUUUACAAUGCAUUUAAAAGCUCACAAUUACUUUCAUUAACAUGCUGUUCAUUUUAAUAGAAUAAAAAAAGUUUCU